CCAGAGAUGAAGAGAGAAUGGGAGAAAGCUGAGCUCGAACAGGUCAGUUUCUGUCGCGCCACAAUGAAUUUGCAAUGCACAGCCGAUGGACAGUGACGGACAGACUGAGUGUCACGGUGGUUGCUGCGCCUGUGUGUUCGUCAGGUCACGGGCAAGCUGCAAGAGGCCGCGCAUUUCUUCUCCCGCUUUGCCGCGGCAGAGAAGGGCCUCGAGGACUAUCUCAGGAAGGCUGACACGCCCCAACUGUCGGAGGUGGCCCGGACCAUUGAAGGGGCGGCCGAGGGACUUUCCAGAGGAGUGCAGGGGCUCAAAAGGACCUGCGAGGAGCUUCAUGACACAAACGCUUCACUGGAGAGGCAGAACGAGUCACUGCUCAAGAAGACUGAAGAGCAGGAGAGUGAGAAUGCAGCCCUGAGGGAGAGGCUGGCCUCCUAUGUCGGGGUGGAGCGCUCUCUGCCCCCAGACACCUCUCUGGAGUCGUAUCUCGUGCUCAAGAGGGAGCAGAAGUGGGCAAUGAAGGAGAUGGCCGACAUGGAAGAGGCUCUUCAGCUGGUGACCAAGCAAAGGGACGCGUUGAUCGAGGAGACCGAGAAGCAUCGCGAAGGGGCCGAGAGGAGUCACGAGGCCCUCGAGGAGUCGCUGAGCGUUGCGUGGCAGCAUCUCGAGGCGCGCAAGGGCCUGGUGGCCAAGAUAAAGGAGGCUGACGAGAGGGAGCAGGCGCUCAAGUCGCUGCUGGACAAGGAGAGGCAGCAGGUGCGUGGGUUAGAGGAGGAGUGCGACAGGAUGCGGAGGCGGAUGCGGGCUAUGCGAGCGUCGCAGAGGCGGCAGGCUGAGGACUUCAACGUUCAGCAUCGGGCGCUGCAGGAGCAGGUCCGGCUCGUUGGCCUAGAGCCGGUGAUGCCCAGGUAGGUACACAGAUAGAUACACAGAUGGUUGGCGUGCAUGGCCCUGAUUGUGUGUCUUCAUGUGGACGUCUGUGGUCUAUCUGCAGAGGGCUGAUGCGGUUCGUAACAAAGCAUCCGCAUCGCCAAGAGGCGGAGCCUCCGCCCUCUGACGAGGCGGCUGACCGACCUACUGUCGAUGAGACAGCCGAUCAGCCUGUCACCGUCAGCAAGGACGAAGCGCCGAGAAUGACAGAGCAUCCCUCCCUCACCUCACUGGCCCACCGUCAAGCGCCUGUCUCUCAGCCGCCGUGCGUUGACAGAGAUGAAGACUCUGAGAAGCAUCCUCCUCCGGCCCCUCCUCUGGACAGGCGCUUUGGUGGCUACGGAGACGUGGAGCCCGUGUCGCCCCCAUCAAAGCAUCAGCCAAAAGUGCGGAAAGUCCGGCGGAAGCGAGCCAGACAACAGCCAGUGGUGGCUCAAAAGCGGACCUUCUCAUCGACCAGCAGUGGCCAGCUGGUGCCUCCCCUCCCGUCGAGCCACCCCGCCGUUGGCCGUGUGUCUGAUCAGCGUAAGCCCACGGACAUGUCUUCUUCCAGCGGGCUGAGUGGUGUGGGUCAGCAGCUCCUGCAGGAGAGGAUUGCCGUGCUGAAGGCGCUGGACCAAGUGAGGGCUGGGGAGAAAGAGGGGAGUGUGGACAAUGGUCAUCAUCAACGGCGAGUGACACGGCUGAAUGCAACGAGCAGCCUGGCGUAUGAUAAUCGGGGGAGGGCUGUGGGCAAGACAAGUGGGAUGGGGAAGCGGGUGUCGAGUGUUCGUCUGAUGCCAUGAUGACACUGACCGAGAGUCUGCCAAUGCAUUCAUCGAUGGACUGACUGAUGGGUGGGUGGGUGCGUAGCAGAGGUCGUUGAGUGUUGUUCGAUAUACGCCUUGCCUUGGACGAUCGUCGUAAUCGAUUCACCAG